AGAUUGUCAGCCAAGAAAAAAAACAUAUCUCCAAACGUAGUGUCUCCCCAAAGGCACUGCCAACUAAAAAUUAUAACGCUCUUGGCGUUUGCGUUUUAGCCGUUUGCUCGCUUGCCCGUUGCCACGCCCCGUUGCGGCGUGCGCCCCAAAGCCGUCAAGACGACUUACUCGAUUAUGAAGCUCAGCUCGCCGCGGAUCAUGCAGCAGAAGCGCACCAGCAAAUCCUCCAACAUGUCCCGGGUCUCGAUGACCACCUCGACGGCGGAGGAGAAUCUGAUCGAGUCGAAGCUCUUCAGCUGGCUGCGACUCUUUCGCUUCGCCUCGCUGCUCUGUCGCGCCGAAUAGAGAACACACAUAAAUACAUACAUACAUACACAUACAUAUAUACACAUAUAUAUAUAUAA